UAUCAAAUAGAUAUUGUUUCUAUGUAGUGAAUUGAAUUUAUAUUCCCACAUCCUAUAGUGAAUAGUGAUAUAGUGUAAGUGGCUUCAAGAUGCCUCUUUUUGGGAAAAAAGACUUUGGAAGAAAAUCUAAAAAGGAUGGAAAGGAAUCUGAGAAACAGCCGUCCAUUGAAGACAAGUACGUUGUAAAAGACCUUUUAGGUACAGGAGCCUUUUCUGAAGUACGCCUUAUAGAAAGUAAAGAAAAUGGACAGCUGUUCGCUUGCAAGAUCAUUGAUAAAAAAGCACUGAAAGGAAAGGAAGAUUCCUUAGAGAAUGAAAUCAGGGUGCUUAAAAGAUUUAGCGAAAAUGCUAAAGCUGAGGCUGGGGAAAAGAAAAUGUUUUCCCAUCCAAAUAUCGUCCAGCUGCUCGAAACAUACGAGGAUAAAAGCAAAGUUUAUCUUGUGAUGGAACUGGUAACAGGUGGCGAAUUAUUUGACAGAAUUGUUGAAAAGGGUUCUUACACCGAAAAAGAUGCAUCAAAUCUCAUAAGACAAGUUUUAGAGGCUGUUGACUAUAUGCAUUCUCAAGGUGUGGUACACAGGGACUUGAAGCCUGAAAAUCUGCUGUACUACAGUUCUGAUGAAGAUAGCAAAAUCAUGAUAAGCGAUUUUGGUCUAUCCAAAAUAGAAGAUUCGGGAAUAAUGGCAACAGCUUGUGGGACCCCUGGUUAUGUAGCUCCAGAAGUGCUAGCUCAAAAACCAUAUGGUAAAGCAGUUGAUGUUUGGAGCAUAGGUGUGAUUUCAUACAUCCUGUUGUGUGGUUACCCACCAUUUUAUGAUGAGAAUGAUGCAAAUCUAUUUGCCCAAAUUCUUAAAGGUGACUUUGAAUUUGAUUCACCCUACUGGGAUGAUAUUAGUGAAUCUGCAAAGGAUUUCAUCAGGCAUUUGAUGUGUGUGGAUGUGGACAAGAGAUAUACUUGCAAGCAAGCCUUGGCUCACCCAUGGAUAUCUGGAAAUGCCGCUAGCAACAAGAACAUCCAUGGCACAGUAUCAGAGCAACUCAAGAAGAACUUUGCCAAGUCGCGCUGGAAACAAGCCUAUCACGCUACCACUGUUAUCCGUCAGAUGCAAAAGAUGAUUCUCAACAGUAGUAGCUCAAGUCGCAACUCCAGCGCCCAGUCCAAAUCAGAGAAUCAACAACAACAGCCCCAAUAAAUAUGCUACGCUACAUCAUUUCAAUAAUGCAAGUAAGGUACUUAAAUUUUAUUCUUUUAACAUAUCUUGACUUUAAGAAUCCACAUUGAGUCAAGAAAAUGUAAGGUGGAACUUAAUAAAUUGUAGUAUGUAUCUGUAUUGUUAAUUGAAACCUACUGCUACAUCUGCUUGCUUUCUAAAUAAUUCUGUUAUAUAUUUAUGACUGAAUUUAUACUCUAUUAUUCUGUCACUCUACUUCUGCCAGUCAAUGUUUCAUGGAAAUCAACGAAGUGUUUAAUCAAUAUAUUUCAUCAUCAACUAGUCAAUAUAUUAAUAAUACUUGAGAGUUAUCUAUAAAAUAUGCAAAAUAUAGUAUGACAUCAUAAAAUAAAUGAAUUUAAUUUAAAACGUUAAUCUACUACUCUUUAGAACUAAAUGAAAUAUAAUAUUUGAAUCUCAUGCUUUAAAAUAUGUCACUUAUUUGAUGAAGUCCAUGUGAGUGCUUUACAUAAAAAUGUAAUCAUGGUUACAUCAUGUUAACUCUAAAUAUUAUAAGAUAAUAAGCAUCAUAUUAACAGUAGAUUGACUUCUCUUUAGCAUUCUGAACUUGUUAUAUUUAUAUUCAUAAUAUAAUUAUGGUGAUAUAAUCAAUUGUGUGUUUAGUAUUGUUGCAAAUGUUGUUAAUGUAAAUUAAAAAUUAUAAGCACGAUGUGAGAACUUAUUGUUACUAUCGUUAAAAGCUUUAGGAGCUUCCAUGAUUAUUUUUUAAGAAGGUGCUUCAGAAAGAAAAUAAAUGUUGAGAAAAUUUAUGAAAUUUAUAAAAUGUUACAGUAGCAUGUUGUGGAAAUCCAAUAGUAAAUGCUAGAUGAUCACUUGGUGGAUAAAGAUGAUAAUAGAUGGUUUGGUCGUAACUGUAUUCUAUUAUUUCGUGUUGGAAGGGAGUCAAGUAAAGUGUGAUUCUUUCUACCCUCUAUUCUUUCUGAAUCAUCUUGCCCAAUUUAAGUUUAUUAUUUUAUUUAAUAUAUUGUUUAUCGAAUGUUAUAUUUUACACAUUUGUAGUGAAGUUUAUAGUUUAACAAAAAUGAUACACAAUGAAAUAAUUUUUGUUGCAUUGUUACUUAAGCCGUUAAAGACUUAUAUUGUCAUGACAUUGAGUGUAAAUGCAUGUGUGUGUAAAUCUUUCUAUAUAAUCCUAUAAAUAUGUAUAGCUGUUUGAAAUUUAUGCUAAAUAUAGAAUGUAAGUUUUACUACUUAAAACUGAAUCCUUCCUAUAUCUAGAGAAGAAAAUUACAAUUUUAAAAUAAAUAGUUGUUCUAUUAUAAUUAUAUCGCACUGUUGAAUUAAAUGUUGUCUUACAGUAAUGCUCUUCUAUAUCUAAUAGAAUAUGUGAAACUUAUUUUAUUAUUUAUAUCCUGGGCCUAAUGGAUACAUUCUUGCAAAGGACAAAUCAGAAGAUAGCAAUCUUAAUAUCUCUGUAAGACUGACAGCCAAUAUUAAGUACAUAUUUAUUUGAUUAAUUUAUGUUGUUAAACAAGUGAUAAAAUUGUAAAAAAGUAUAAUUUUAUUCACAUUUAUCCUGUUAUUAUUAGAAUGAUUUAUUACCUCUCGCAAAAACAAAUGAUUGUAUUUAAUUAAUAUGAUCAUACCGUCAGAGAUACAUAAUAUAUUAUAGCCAUAAAUAUUGAUAAACAGAUAUGGAAGUAUCUGCAAUAUGUAUAAGGUUAACUUGAAACAUCAAUUCAUUAUAUUUUUUAUACUUAAUUUUUCAAUAUAUUAUGAGCUCUCUUGAAUGAAAAGUAUAGAUCUUCUCUUCUGAAUCUCAAAUUUUUUGUUUAUUUAGAUUGAAACAUAUUUUUAUAUAUUCCUUAAUGUAUAUAAGUAUUCAUAUCGUAUACCUAUUCCAUGUAUAUGAAAAUUGUAUUCAUAUGAUAUUUUAAUGAAAAAAUAUUGAAUGAUAAUAUUAUAUUCUCUGAGUUACAUUCCUCUCGCAACUUAUUGGUAUUUAAAAAAUGACAUUCCAUGACGCUAUUAUUAUAUUUUUUUUAUUCUUUUUUAUUUUAUAUGAAUGAUCCUGAAGCCAAGGAGUAGAUUUAAUUUGUGUAAUGUGGGUUUGGGUAUUGAUAAAUUAAUUAAUAUGAUUCUAUUUGUGGCCAUAUCAGUUACCGCUAAAGUAUGAUGCAAGUGCCAUAAUAAUUAUGUUAAAUUAGAAAUGUACAAGGAAAUUACUUUGAAAUUAGUUAGAAGUUGAAGCAUUAGACAAUGAAUAUUCCCUUGAUUAAUAAUUGGUAAUAAUGUCACAUACCUUGGCUUCAUGAUCUUAACUUUUUUUAUUGCGAAUCUAUAUCGAUUAUUUCUGGUCGAUCAUUAUUGUUAACUUUUUUUUAAAAUAUGAACUGCAUAAGUAGAAAUAUCGCCUGUCUUUUAUGUUUUAAUUAACUAUAAUUUGUGAAUCCUUAUAUAUAAAAAAAUAAAAUAAAAACUAUUCCUUGUAUUAAAUUGGCAUGUUUAUAAGAGUAAUUUAUU